AUGGGAGACGACAGCGAGUGGUUGAAAUUAUCGGUUGAUCAGAAAUGUGAACACAAGUUAUGGAAAGCCAGAUUAAGUGGAUAUGAAGAAGCCCUGAAGAUUUUCCAGAAAAUAAGAGAUGAAAAGAGCCCAGAGUGGUCCAAAUACUUAGGAUUGAUUAAAAAAUUCGUGACUGACUCCAACGCAGUGGUUCAGUUGAAGGGAUUAGAAGCCGCCCUUUCCUAUGUUGAAAACGCUCACGUAGCAGGAAAGACUACAGGAGAAGUUGUUUCGGGGGUUGUAAAUAAGGUAUUCAACCAACCUAAAGCCAGAGCUAAGGAGCUGGGCAUAGACAUCUGUUUAAUGUACAUAGAAAUCGAGAAAGGGGAAUCAGUGCAAGAAGAACUCUUGAAAGGCCUGGACAAUAAGAACCCCAAAAUCAUAGUAGCCUGUAUAGAGACACUGAGGAAAGCCCUAAGCGAAUUUGGUUCAAAGAUAAUUUUGCUGAAGCCAAUCAUCAAAGUAUUGCCAAAGCUCUUUGAGUCUCGGGAGAAGGCGGUUCGAGAUGAAGCCAAACUAAUUGCUGUGGAGAUUUACCGCUGGAUCCGGGAUGCUCUGAGGCCCCCGUUACAGAAUAUUAACUCUGUCCAGCUGAAAGAAUUGGAAGAAGAAUGGGUCAAACUGCCAACAGGGGCCCCCCGGCCCACUCGGUUCCUUCGCUCGCAGCAAGAACUUGAGGCCAAGUUAGAACAGCAGCAGGUUGCUGGAGGAGACACUGAAGGAGGUGGUGAUGAGGGUGAUGAUGCUCCACAGAUAGAUGCCUAUGAAUUGUUAGAAGCAGUGGAAAUUCUCUCCAAACUUCCCAAGGACUUUUAUGACAAAAUUGAGGCCAAAAAAUGGCAGGAGAGGAAAGAAGCCCUGGAGGCUGUGGAAGUCUUGGUGAAAAAUCCCAAACUAGAAGCAGGAGACUACGCAGACUUGGUGAAGGCACUAAAGAAGGUUGUUGGGAAAGACACCAAUGUCAUGUUGGUGGCUUUGGCAGCAAAAUGCCUUACUGGACUAGCAGUUGGUCUCCGGAAGAAAUUCGGUCAGUUUGCAGGUCAUGUUGUGCCAACGAUCCUGGAGAAGUUUAAAGAGAAGAAAGCUCAAGUGGUGCAGGCUCUCCAGGAGGCCAUUGACGCGAUCUUUCUUACCACCACCCUUCAAAACAUCAGUGAAGACAUCUUGGCUGUAAUGGAUAACAAAAACCCAACAAUCAAGCAGCAGACAUCCCUCUUCAUUGCAAGAAGUUUCCGACAUUGUACGUCUUCCACGCUGCCAAAGAGCCUGUUAAAGCCCUUCUGUGCUGCUCUGCUCAAGCAUAUCAACGAUUCAGCCCCUGAAGUUAGAGAUGCUGCUUUUGAAGCCCUGGGUACUGCUCUGAAAGUGGUUGGGGAGAAAGCAGUGAACCCCUUCCUAGCUGAUGUGGACAAACUCAAGCUUGACAGAAUCAAAGAAUGUUCAGAAAAGGUGGAAUUGGUCCAUGGUAAGAAAGCCGGAGUAUCUGCUGAAAAGAAAGAAUCCAGACCUGUAACUGGAAAGGCCGUUACUUCAGGAGCUGCAGGAGACAAGGACUCAAAGGAGACGUCAGCACCCAAAGCAGGACCCUUGAAGAAAGCUCCCACUACCAAGGUUGGAGGACCACCUAAGAAGGGGAAGCCAGCCGCCCCCGCAGGUGCUGGAAGUGCUGGAGCAAAGAGCAAGAAAGCCGUGGAUACUAAAGAGAUAGUGGAACCUGAACUUUCGAUAGAGGUUUGUGAGGAGAAAGCUUCUGUUGUUCUGCCACCUUCAUGCAUACAACUGCUAGACAGCAGUAAUUGGAAGGAGAGGCUCGCCUCUAUGGAAGAAUUCCAGAAGGCUGUUGAACUGAUGGAUCGAAGUGAAAUGCCAUGCCAGGCGUUAGUGCGGAUGCUGGCCAAGAAACCUGGAUGGAAAGAAACCAACUUUCAGGUGAUGCAAAUGAAGCUUCAUGUUGUGGCCCUGAUUGCCCAGAAAGGAAACUUUUCGAAAACCUCAGCUCAGGUUGUCCUGGACGGGCUUGUGGACAAGAUCGGCGAUGUGAAAUGCGGGACCAAUGCCAAAGAAGCCAUGACGGCAAUAGCCGAGGCCUGCGUACUGCCGUGGACCGCCGAACAGGUUAUGUCUAUGGCGUUUUCACAGAAGAAUCCUAAGAAUCAAUCAGAAACCCUGAACUGGCUAUCAAAUGCAAUUAAAGAAUUUGGCUUUUCUGGAUUGAACGUCAAAGCGUUCAUCAGCAACGUGAAGACAGCUCUCGCGGCCACAAAUCCAGCUGUAAGGACUUCUGCCAUCACCCUUCUUGGGGUUAUGUAUCUGUACGUGGGCCCUUCUUUGCGCAUGUUCUUUGAGGAUGAGAAACCUGCCCUCCUAUCCCAGAUUGACGCGGAAUUUGAAAAGAUGCAAGGACAGACCCCACCUGCUCCAACCCGAGGAACUUCCAAGCACAGUGCCAGUGCUGGGAAUGAGGGUGAUGAAGGAGAUGAACCAGAUGAAGGAGGUUGCGAUGUUGUAGAUCUAUUGCCAAGGACAGAGAUCAGCGACAAAAUCACCUCAGAACUGGUGUCCAAAAUUGGGGACAAGAAUUGGAAGAUCCGAAAGGAAGGCUUGGAUGAGGUGACAAGCAUCAUAAAUGAAGCCAAGUUCAUCCAGCCUAAUAUCGGUGAACUUGCAACGGCAUUAAAAGGUCGUCUUAAUGACUCCAAUAAAAUUUUGGUGCAGCAGACAUUGAGCAUCCUCCAACAGCUGGCCAUAGCCAUGGGCCCGAACAUUAAGCAACACGUGAAGAGCUUGGGCAUCCCUAUCCUAACAGUCCUUGGGGACAGCAAGAAUAACGUUCGAGCUGCUGCCCUGGCAACUGUGAAUGCCUGGGCAGAACAGACCGGCAUGAAGGAGUGGUUGGAGGGAGAAGAUUUAUCAGAGGAACUCAAAAAAGAAAACCCAUUCCUACGGCAAGAGCUUCUGGGGUGGCUGGCUGAGAAGCUCCCUAGUCUCCGUUCCGCUCCCGCAGACCUCACCCUGUGCGUUCCUCACCUGUACUCGUGCCUGGAAGAUCGAAAUGGAGACGUGCGAAAGAAAGCCCAGGAUGCCCUGCCGUUCUUCAUGAUGCAUCUUGGCUAUGAGAAGAUGGCCAAAGCGACUGGGAAGCUAAAGCCAACUUCCAAGGACCAGGUACUGACGAUGCUAGAGAAAGCCAAAGCAAAUAUGCCAGCCAAACCUGCUGCUCCAGCUAAAACGUCUUCCAAACCUACAGGAGGAACAGCUCCAGUUAAAUUCCAGCCUGCAUCAGCACCCGUUGAAGAUUAUGUGUCCAGCACAGUGGAGUCCAAGCCUGACCCCAAAAAGGCCAAAGUAGGAGGCAUUGCCUCUAAAGCAAAGAGCGUACAGGGAAAAAAGGUGCCAAACAAAACCAGUCUGAAGGAGGACGAAGAUAAAUCUGGUCCUGUUUUCAUUGUUGUUCCAAAUGGGAAAGAGCAGAGGAUGAAAGAUGAAAAAGGAUUGAAGGUACUGAAGUGGAAUUUCACUACUCCCCGGGAUGAGUAUAUUGAACAACUGAAGACCCAGAUGUCCAGCUGUGUGGCCAAAUGGUUGCAAGAUGAAAUGUUUCAUUCGGACUUCCAGCAUCAUAACAAAGCCUUGGCUGUCAUGGUUGAGCACCUGGAGAUGGAGAAGGAGGGUGUCAUCGGUUGUCUGGAUCUCAUUUUGAAGUGGCUUACUCUGCGAUUCUUUGAUACCAAUACAAGUGUUCUGAUGAAAGCCUUGGAAUACCUAAAAUUACUCUUUGCCUUGCUGAGUGAGGAGGAAUACCACCUUACGGAGAAUGAGGCAUCUUCGUUCAUUCCCUAUCUCAUCCUCAAGGUCGGGGAACCGAAAGAUGUCAUCCGCCGGGAUGUGCGGGCCAUCCUGAACCGGAUGUGCCUGGUCUACCCAGCCAGCAAAAUGUUCCCUUUCAUCAUGGACGGGACCAAGUCCAAGAAUUCUAAGCAGCGAGCAGAAUGUCUGGAAGAGCUCGGGUGCCUGGUCGAAUCCUACGGCAUGAACGUCUGCCAGCCAACCCCAGGGAAAGCCUUAAAGGAAAUGGCCAUUCACAUCGGAGACCGUGAUAACACUGUGCGCAACGCUGCACUCAAUACCAUUGUGACCGUCUACAACGUGCACGGGGACCAGGUGUUGAAGCUCAUUGGAAACCUUUCCGAAAAGGACAUGAGCAUGCUUGAGGAGAGAAUUAAGAGAUCGGCAAAGAGACCCGCUGCUGCUCCAGUAAAACCGGUGGAGGAAAAACCUCAACGCACUCAAAGCACAAAUUCCAACGCCGGUAUGCUGCGCAAGGGUCCGGCUGAGGAUAUGUCCUCCAAACUCAAAAUUAUGUAUCGCACUUAUAGGAUCCAAGCUCGCAAUAUGGGCGGGCACUCGGAAGCCGCGCACACGGUGCCCCGGGAAUUCCAGCUGGACCUAGAUGAGAUCGAGAAUGACAACGGCACAGUCCGGUGCGAAAUGCCAGCGCUCGUCCAGCACAAACUGGAUGAUAUUUUUGAGCCCAUCCUGAUCCCUGAGCCCAAAAUCCGAGCCGUCUCCCCUCACUUCGAUGACAUGCACAGUAAUACAGCAUCCACAAUCAAUUUUGUUAUCUCCCAAGUAGCCAGUGGAGACAUCAGUGCUAGCAUUCAAGCUCUGGCACAGAUCGAUGAAGUCCUGAGACAGGAAGACAAAGCAGAAGCAAUGUCUGGCCACAUCGACCAGUUUCUGAUCGCAACCUUCAUGCAGCUCCGACUUAUCUACAACACACACAUGGCAGAUGAGAAAUUGGAGAAGGAUGAAAUUAUUAAACUGUACAGUUGUAUCAUCGGAAACAUGAUCUCGCUCUUUCAGAUCGAGAGCCUGGCCCGGGAAGCCUCCACCGGCGUGCUGAAAGACCUGAUGCACGGCCUCAUUACUCUGAUGCUGGACUCGCGCAUUGAAGACCUCGAAGAGGGGCAGCAAGUAAUCCGGUCGGUUAACCUCUUAGUGGUCAAGGUCCUGGAGAAGUCUGACCAGACCAACAUCCUGAGUGCCCUGCUUGUUCUGCUCCAGGACAGCUUACUAGCAACAGCAAGUUCUCCCAAAUUCUCAGAGCUCGUCAUGAAGUGCCUCUGGAGAAUGGUGCGGCUACUCCCCGAAACGAUCAACAGUAUCAAUCUGGAUCGGAUCCUGCUGGACAUCCACAUUUUCAUGAAGGUUUUCCCCAAGGAGAAGCUGAAGCAGUGCAAAAGCGAAUUCCCAAUAAGAACCCUAAAAACCCUCCUGCACACCCUGUGCAAGCUCAAGGGGCCCAAGAUUCUGGAUCACCUCACAAUGAUAGACAACAAAAAUGAAUCUGAACUGGAGGCGCAUCUCUGCAGGUUGAUGAAGCACAGUAUGGACCAGACUGGAAGCAAGUCUGAUAAGGAGACCGAGAAGGGAGCUUCUCGCGUAGAUGAAAAGUCCUCCAAAGCCAAAGUGAACGACUUAUUAGCGGAAAUCUUUAAGAAGAUCGGUUCCAAAGAGAACACUAAAGAGGGCCUAGCAGAGCUGUACGAGUAUAAGAAGAAAUACUCCGACGCGGACAUUGAGCCCUUCUUGAAAAACUCCUCCCAGUUCUUCCAGAGCUAUGUAGAGCGAGGGCUCCGGCUGAUCGAGAUGGAGAGAGAGGGCAAAGGACGCAUUGCCCCUUCUACAGGGAUCUCCCCUCCAACGGAGGUACCGUGCGUCCCCACUCCAACCAGCACGGUGUCCUCAGCGGGAAAUGCGAACGGAGAGGAGUUGGGGCCGUCCGUCUACCUGGAGAGGCUAAAAAUCCUCCGGCAGCGGUGUGGGCUGGAUAACGCGAAGCAAGACGACAGGCCUCCCCUGACCUCCCUGCUCUCCAAACCAGCGGUCCCCACGGUUGCCUCCUCCACAGACAUGAUCCACAGUAAGCUCUCUCAGCUCCGGGAGUCCAGAGAGCAGAACCAGCACUUGGACCUGGAUUCCAACCAGACCCACUCUGCCGGCCCCACCCCCUCCUCCACUUCCACAGCCACCAACAUUGAUGACUUGAAAAAAAGACUGGAGAAAAUAAAGAGCAGCCGCAAAUGAGGCUCCCCCCUGCCCGGGUCCCCCUGCAGCUUGAGUUUACUCAACUAGAAGUCUUCGUAGUUUUCAAGUGGCCUUGCCCAGGCCUAGUCGAUACAAACUGAUUUCCUGUAUAUUACCAUGGAUCUUGGGGGAGGAUGGAGCUAGUGUGGCCCAAGUAUUUGUACAUAUUCCGCUUCUCUCUGUGAGCAUCCCGCCUCUAGAAGACUGUCUGUGUAUUAGCUUAGUGUACAGACCUGUAAACAGCCACCCUCCUCUCCGCUCAGACUAGGGUCUCCUCCUUUUAUUAUCUGUAAAGUUGUCUUACUAUUUCUUAGCUCCUGCCUCUUAGAAACUCUUCGGUAGCUUCUCUUGGAGUCUACGAGCUCUUCUCCCUGUAAGCCGAAGGGGCGGGCUACCCUGUAUGGACGCAUGGCAUGAUCUGAACUAAUUUAAGUGUCUUUUGUAAAUAAAGUUUGCAUUAACUCCA